AUGUCGCAUACGUACGAUGUCGGCACCAAGGCGUGGCAGCCUGACGCGACCGAGGGCUGGGUGGCCUCGGAGGUCACCCACAAGUCCGUGGAUGGCGACAAGGUGAAGCUCAUCUUCACUCUCGAGAGCGGUGAGGAGAAAACAGUAGAGACGACGCUGGCAGCGUUGUCCGAGGAUGCCAUCAGCUCAACGCUGCCGCCGCUGAUGAACCCGGCCAUGCUCGAGGCCAGCGACGAUCUCACCAAUCUUUCCCAUCUCAACGAGCCGGCUGUACUGCAGGCCAUCAAGCUACGCUACGCGCAAAAAGAGAUUUAUACAUACUCCGGCAUUGUGCUCAUCGCAACCAACCCCUUUGCCCGGGUCGAUUCGCUGUAUGUGCCGGGCAUGGUGCAGGUAUACACUGGCAAGCAUCGUGCAUCACAAGCGCCACAUUUGUUCGCAAUUGGAGAGGAGUCGUUUGCCGACAUGCUGCGGAAUGAGAAGAACCAGACUAUCGUGGUCUCGGGAGAGUCGGGAGCAGGCAAGACGGUCAGUGCCAAAUACAUAAUGCGCUACUUCGCAACCCGAGAACCACCAGAACAACCUGGCAUGCGAGUGCGUGGCCGCGCAGAUACCAUGAGCGAGACGGAAGAGCAGAUUCUGGCCACGAAUCCCAUCAUGGAAGCCUUUGGCAACGCAAAGACUACCCGAAACGAUAACUCCUCACGAUYCGGCAAGUACAUCGAGAUUAUGUUCAACAAACAGACCGACAUCAUCGGCGCGCGGAUACGAACGUACCUCCUCGAGCGCUCAAGACUGGUCUUCCAGCCGCUCAAGGAGCGAAACUACCACAUCUUCUACCAGCUCGUGGCCGGUGCGUCGGAUGCGGAGCGAGAAGAGCUUGGAUUGCUUGCAGCGGAGCACUUUGACUACCUCAAUCAGGGAGGUUCGCCGGUCAUCGAUGGCGUGGAUGAUGCGAAAGAGUUUGCGGACACCCGAAAAUCACUCACGAGGCUUGGUGUCGCGGAAAACGUGCAAGCCAGUCUCUGGAAAAUACUGGCUGCGCUACUGCACAUUGGCAAUAUUAAGAUUACUGCCACUAGGACAGACUCGCAGCUGGCUGCAAAUGAGACCUCUCUGGAAAAAGCUUGCGAACUGCUAGGAAUCGACGCCACAGAGUUCGCCAAGUGGACUGUCAAGAAGCAGCUGGUCACUCGCGGUGAGAAGAUCAUGUCGAAUCUGACCCAACAACAGGCAACUGUUGUGCGAGACUCUGUUGCCAAGUACAUCUACUCCUCCCUCUUCGACUGGCUCGUGGAGACUAUGAACGGCUUCCUCGCGCCGGAGGUUGUCAUCGACCAGAUGCAAUCAUUCAUCGGUGUAUUGGAUAUUUACGGCUUUGAGCAUUUUGCAAAGAACAGUUUCGAGCAGUUUUGUAUCAACUAUGCCAACGAAAAGCUGCAGCAAGAGUUUAACCAGCACGUCUUCAAGCUCGAGCAAGAAGAGUACCUCCGCGAGGAGAUUGACUGGAAGUUUAUUGAUUUUAGUGACAACCAGCCUUGCAUCGAUCUCAUCGAGGGCAAGUUGGGUGUUUUGGCACUGCUGGACGAAGAGAGUAGGUUGCCUAUGGGAUCUGACGAGAGCUUCGUGACAAAGCUUCAUCACAACUUCUCCGGCGACAAGCACAAGUUUUACAAGAAGCCACGGUUUGGAAAGAGCGCAUUCACGGUCUGCCAUUACGCCAUUGACGUGACAUACGAGAGCGACGGCUUCAUCGAGAAGAACCGGGAUACUGUCCCUGAUGAACACUUGGAAGUGCUCUCCAACACUUCAAACGAAUUCCUGAAGGAGGUGCUCGACUUCAGCGCGAUCGUCCGAGAGCGCGACAAUGCGGCUGUGAUGCCGAAGGUGAAUGGAACGACGGGCGUUCGCAAGGGUGCUGCUGCUGCAAGGAAACCGACGCUUGGUGGAAUUUUCAAGAGUUCAUUGAUCCAGCUGAUGGAUACCAUCAACUCGACCGAAGUGCACUACAUUCGUUGUAUCAAGCCCAACGAAGCCAAGGAGGCUUGGAAGUUCGAGGGACCAAUGGUGCUCAGUCAGUUGCGAGCUUGUGGUGUAUUGGAAACAGUCCGCAUAAGUUGCGCAGGCUACCCAACCCGAUGGACGUACGAGGAAUUUGCACUCCGCUACUAUAUGUUGAUUCCUUCCAAGCAAUGGACCACCGAGAUUAGGGAUAUGGCGAAUGCGAUUCUCAGACAAGCUCUCGGCGAGGGCAAAAAAGACAAGACCGACAAGUACCAGCUGGGUCUGACAAAGAUCUUCUUCCGAGCUGGUAUGCUCGCAUUCCUGGAAAAUCUGCGGACCAACCGUCUCAGUGAUGCCGCGAUCAUGAUUCAGAAGAAUCUCAAGGCUAAGUACUACAGACGCCGGUAUCUCGAAGCAAUCAACAGCAUUCGAGCCUUUCAGGCCCAUGCACGAGCAACUACGGCCCGAGUCAAAGCUGAUGAAGCCCGCCGCCAACGGGGUGCUACGACCAUCCAGCGCGUUUGGAGAGGUCAGAAGGAGCGCAAAAAGUUCCUACAGUUCCGCGACAAUAUCAUCGUCUUUGAAGCAGCGGCCAAGGGGUACCUAGCCCGAAAGAUGAUCAUGGACAAGAAGUACUCCGAUGCAGCUCGGAUCAUCCAGCGAAGUUGGAGGAGUUACCAACAACUCAAGAGCUGGCGGAAUUUCCGGAAGAAGGCAGUGCUCGUCCAGAGUAUCUGGCGUGGAAAGACGGCCCGCAAGACGUACAAGACGCUCCGAGAGGAGGCACGAGAUCUUAAGCAGAUCUCGUACAAGUUGGAGAACAAGGUCAUCGAGCUCACGCAGAGUCUUGGCACGAUGCGCAGUGAGAACAAGCAGCUGAAGGGUCAAGUUACCAACUACGAAAAUCAACUCAAGAGCGCUCGCGAGCGGCACAAUGCUCUGGAGGCCAGAGCCAAUGACCUGCAGCGAGAAGCAAAUCAAGCAGGCAUGACUGCGGCCAAGUUGAGCCAGAUGGAGCAAGAAAUGUCGCGAUUGCAAUCCAACUACGAGGAGAGCACCGCGAACAUGCGAAGAUUGCAAGAAGAGGAGAAGAACCUCCGCGAGAGCCUUCGUGUGUCCAGUCAAGAAUUGGAAACGGCAAGACAGAGCAAGACUGCGAGCGAGACGGAGAAGUUGAGUCUGCGGCAACAGCUCGCAGAUCUGCAAGACCAGCUCGAGUUGGCCAAAAGAGCAGUUCCGAUCAGCAACGGCGAGCUCGUCGGGAACGCAAUGGCUGGUGCGUCGGGGCUUAUCAACCUGGUUGCGUCGAAGAAGCCAAAGAGGAGAAGCGCCGGUAUGGAGGCUAUCCAAACGGAACGGUUCAGCGGUGCGUACAACCCGCGGCCUGUUUCGAUGGCGUUUGGUGCAGCGGCUGGUGGGCACUCGCAAAACCUAUCUGGCUCCACGUUUAAUCCUGGGCUGGAGAACGUGGAGAUGGAGCUGGAGAACCUGCUUGCAGAUGAGGAUGGCCUCAAUGACGAGGUCACGAUGGGUCUCAUCCGAAACCUGAAGAUCCCCGCACCUGGCAGUAAUCCACCACCAACAGAUAAGGAGGUGCUCUUCCCGGCGUACCUCAUCAACCUGGUCACGAGUGAAAUGUGGAACAAUGGUUUCGUCAAGGAGUCUGAGCGAUUCCUGGCCAAUGUGAUGCAAUCGAUUCAGCAAGAGGUGAUGCAGCAUGACGGUGACGAUGCUGUGAACCCCGGAGCUUUCUGGCUGUCCAAUGUGCAUGAAAUGCUGUCCUUUGUCUUCCUGGCUGAGGACUGGUACGAGGCUCAGAAGACUGACAACUUUGAAUACGAUCGUUUGUUGGAGAUUGUGAAACAUGACUUGGAAAGCUUGGAGUUCAACAUUUACCACACAUGGAUGAAGGUCUUGAAGAAGAAGCUUCACAAGAUGAUCGUUCCGGCAAUCAUUGAAUCGCAAUCCCUACCCGGAUUCGUCACAAACGAGAGCAGCCGAUUCCUCGGCAAGCUGCUACAAUCGUCCAACGCACCGGCGUUCAGCAUGGACAACUUGCUCAGUCUGCUCAACAAUGUUUUUAGAGCAAUGAAGGCGUUCUACCUGGAAGAUAGUAUCAUCACGCAGACUGUCACAGAGCUCUUACGAUUGGUGGGUGUCACGGCCUUUAACGAUCUAUUGAUGAGGAGAAAUUUCCUCUCUUGGAAGCGAGGUCUGCAGAUCAACUACAACAUCACCCGGAUUGAGGAAUGGUGUAAGAGUCAUGAUAUGCCCGAAGGGACGCUACAGCUAGAGCACUUGAUGCAAGCUACCAAGCUGCUACAGUUGAAGAAGGCCACCCUGAACGACAUCGAGAUCAUCCAGGACAUUUGCUGGAUGCUCUCACCAAACCAAAUUCAAAAACUUCUCAACCAGUACCUCGUCGCCGACUACGAACAACCCAUCAACGGCGAAAUCAUGAAAGCAGUCGCCUCACGCGUCACAGACCCCAAAUCUGACGUCCUGCUCCUCCAAGCCGUGGACAUGGAAGAUUCUGGACCGUAUGAGAUCGCGGAACCUCGCGUGAUCACGGCACUCGAAACCUACACGCCUAGUUGGCUCCAAACUCCUCGCUUGAAGCGCCUUGCAGAAAUUGUCUCGGCGCAGGCCGUCAUGCAGCAGCAGCUCGAUGCGAAUGGCAUGGGCAAAGUGCAUGACGAAGACGGUAUGGAUGUCAUGGACGGGCAAUGGCCUGUUCCUUCCAACGGACAUGGAUWGAAUGGAAAUGCCAUCGGGCUCGGUCUGAGGCAUGAAGAUAGUAUUAGUGAGGAUGGGGAGAUGUCGCCAGUGAGGUAA